ACUUACAUCAUUUGCAUCAUACCUCACACUAGAAGCAUGGGGACAAUGCAAGAUUCACCGACUUGAUUCGGGGUCUAAAUAUCAUACAAAUAGGCCCUCUCCGAGUGUGACCGUCACUCACCAAUUGACCUACCGCAAAACCGGUAGCUACAUGAUUGUUACUUACCUUACACACGUUCCUCCUAGCAAUUUGCUUGUCACCGAACGAGGCCGGUUCAUUAGUACCCACUGAGUUCCUGUUCGUGGCUAGACAACCGUCAAGAUGGCGAUGGUUCUACAGAUAACAACAUUCUUGCAGCAAUGGCUGCUUUCGCAGCCAAGCGUCAAGAACCUCCAGAAGGAGAAAAAUCCAGUCCGCUUCGGCAUCCUUUCCACGGCCAUGAUCAACCCAGCAGCGCUGAUCCAUCCCGUUGAGACGCACGGCGACGCCGUCAUCACGGCCAUCGCAAGUCGCGACAAGGCGCAAGCCGAGAAAUAUGCCAGAAAGUACAGCCUCGAGAAGGCAUACGGUUCGUACGAGGAGCUGCUCGCAGACCCCAACAUUGACGCUGUCUACAUCUCUCUUCCCAACGGCAUGCAUGCAGAGUGGGCCAAGAAGACACUGGCUGCUGGAAAGCACGCCCUGGUCGAGAAGCCAUUCUGCUCCAAUGCCGAUGAGGCCGUCUCCCUCAUCGACGCGGCCAAGAGGUCCGACAAGGUUGUCGUGGAGGCCUUCCAUUGGAGAUUCCACCCGGCGGCGCACGUGGUGAAGGAACUCGUCCGCUGCGGAAAAUACGGCAAUGUGCUGUCGACGUACGCGAAGAUGACCACGCCAGCCGGCAGCAUCCCCGGGUCAGACAUCCGCUGGCAGUGGGCUCUCGGCGGCGGCAGCUUGAUGGACAUGACGUACACCGUCUCAGCGACGAGAUUCUUCCUGGACGCGGGUGAGCCCGAGACGAUCGAGUAUGCCAAGGCCAGGACGCUCAAGAAGGACAACCGUGUCGACGAGGCCAUGAACGCGCGCAUGACGUUCAAGACGGGCAGCGGCCGCGUCGUCAGCAGCGAGAUCUACACCGACAUGAACCAGGCUUUCGCUGGACACGUCGUUCCCAAGGUCUGGGAGAUGCCGUCCAUCCGCAUUGAGCUGGAGCAUGCGAUCAUUUACUACUACAAUUUCAUGAUGCCCCAUAUCUACCAUUACAUCGAAAUCACCGACAAGCGAACGGGGCAGCGCCAUACUCAGAAGCACUACUCGUUUGGCCCCUCUUGGGGUCCAAGAUCAGAGCCCUGGUGGAGCACUUACCGGUACCAACUCGAGGCAUUCGUCGACAAGGUCAGAGGGAAGGAGCCCGUAGCUUGGGUUCCCCUCGAGGACAGCCUCGCGCAGAUGCGGACCCUGGAUGCCAUCUACGAGAAGUCGGGGCUGGGGAAGAGGCCGAGCACGUCUGCUGUCGCUGGGAAGAACUAAGACUGUAUUGGUAGGCUUUAUGUCGGAGUAGGCCCUGUGUGUGAAACAAGUUGAGGGAGAUUCUCCGGGAAGUGGAAGGGUUGUAAAGAAAGGAACGCAUCGAAAUGGCCGUCAGUACUGUAGUCAUAAACGCAUUGUUAAAAGCUUUGACCAAUCAACCUCCUGAUUUGAUGGGAAAACCUUAUGCUAAGGACGAUGGGUGAACGGACUACUCUAUGGAUCUUCUAAGCAUGGAA